AUGGUUCAACCUCAGCAAGAGCCGGCCCUGAGCCGCCUCGAGGUCAAAUGGAAUGGAGGCUUGAUUGCGGCGUCCAUUGCAGUGUCCCUCUUGGGCGCCUUCACCUCGACUCAGAUGAUGUGUCAAGCGCGGACGUCGCGAUACUUUUCAGGCGUCUUUGUUUGGACUAUACUUGGGAGCUUGACCUUCGGCUUCUGUUCCAUCUGGUGCCUCCACUUCAUUGCCAUGCUGGCGUGCGAGCUUCCGCUGCCAAUCGGGUUGAAUGUCCCAUUAACGGUCCUGAGCGCGGGUUUGGCCGUCAUAUUUACUUUCGUGGCGUUGGCCGCAGACCUGAUGCGCGAUCGUUAUCUACGUCUUGUUAAGAAGAGGAAACAGAAGGCUCUCAAGCGGGAAAGAAGGAAGAAACCAACAAGGGAGGAUGUCAAUGGUAGCUCAGAUGCCCUUCUGGGAACGAGGACCUCAGGGGAAAUUGAAGAGGAGCGGGUCAGAGCGCCCGGUCAUUCCAAUGGCCCUGCCGACCACAGUCCUCUAACCCGUGACAGUGGUGCAAGUAUGACGCUCGGUCUCUUGGAGGACCAUUUCACCGGGGGUACCGUCAUAGAAUCGUCUCGAUCGCCUCAGCACCUUCAACCGCCAUUAAUCCAAAAUGAGUCUCCCCUCGAGGACGAUUCUACUCGCGACACUGAAAGCUGCCAAAGGAGCUCGGAGGAAGGGGAGCGUUCUCGACGGUCAUCUUCGACAAACCAUUCCGACGGUAGUAGCCUCGGUCUUCCUGGCUUCAUGAGCUUCAAAUUCACUAAGAGUACCACUACCACCACAACAAAUGUCCUCCUUGGGGCAGCUGAACUCCUGUACCAUGGAGCAACACUGCCGAACUUUUGUAAGGGUUUCAUAUGGAGCUUGGCAAUCACCACUAUGCACUACGUUGGUCUAUUGGCCUUGGAAAUUCCCAAAGGCCACGUUACCCUCCAACCGUUCAUUGUCCUCCUCUCGGCAUUGAGCAGUUGGUUGGUCUGCACCUUGGGUUGUAUACUGAUGCCCCAAAUCGAGGUCAACCUGUCCCAGCAGCUCCUUUUCUCGGUAGUAGCCGCAGCUGGGGUUGCCGCAAUGCAUUUUACUGGAAUGUGGGCGACCACCUUUUGGUCUCAGGCCAAGCCAACGUUGGAACGAGGAUAUCCUCCGGAUCUAGCAGUAGCCGUCACUAGCAUUGCUAUUCUGACCUGCCUGCUUGCAAACGGUCUUCUCGCGCAUUCGGCGACUCUUGCUCGGAAUAAGUUGGCUGAAAUCGUCCACACUCGGAGGAAACUCUGGGCCGCAAUCGCUCAAAAAGAGAAUGCGGAAGCAGCUGCGGCAGUAAGGAGCGAGUUUAUAGCGAGCGCCAGUCAUGAAAUCCGGACCCCCUUGCAUCAGCUGCAAGGCUACAGUGACUUGUUGUCGCGAACGGAACUGAGUGAGGAGGCCCGUCUACUCCUCCUUGCCAUACAGCAAGCGACGAGAUCUCUCUCCAUGAUCACGACUAACGUCCUUGACUGGUCUCGGUUAGAAAAGGGAGAAGCUGUUUGUCGACCCACCAGCCUCGAUCUCCGCAAAGUGUGUGAGUCUAUCCUGGCGAUUUUGCCUAACAAGGACGAGGAUUUUGGUACUGAAUUGAUGAUUGUGGUGGCGCCCCACGUUCCAUCAUCGCUUUUCCUGGAUGAGACUUACCUACAACGGAUCUUGAUGAACUUACUUACAAAUGCUCUAAAGUUCACGCAAUCUGGCUAUGUGCUUCUGCUGGUGGAAAUCAAGGACAUGGACUUGGCUAUCACUGUUAGAGAUUCCGGAUUUGGCAUCCCUGAGUCAUUCUUGCCACAGCUUUUCGAACCAUUCAAACAGGCCCAAACCCGAGGCGCCGAGAGAGGGACUGGUCUCGGCCUAGCCAUCAUUAGGCAGCUACUGCAGAAAAUGGAGGGAACAAUUUCUGUGGAGAGCAAAUGCCACCAGGCGGAAAACGUGGGAUCAGAAAAGUGCGGCAGCACCUUCACCGUCACCAUUCCAAUCCAUCCAUCAACCGAUACACCGCAUGCCUUAGGCUCCUUAGGUCCCAAUCGCCGGAUUGCCUUGCUGCAGGACUGCAAUGCUCGAUUUGCGGAAGGACUGCAACUAGCUUGGAAGGCAUUUGACUUCGAGUUAACCCGAGCAGAUCCGAAUGAUGAAAUACCCGACUCUUUUGGGUAUAUCUGGACAGACUUGGUGUUUCUGACAAGUCACCCACAACUCCUUGAGCGAGUACUUGGCCUUCGGCACCAACUUGUCAUUUUGUCCUAUGACUCGCAGAAAUUGGUUGAUGAAGCCCUUGGCUCUGUCCCUCCGCCACACGUCAUACCGGUUAAAAGACCAUUCCUGUGGCAUCGCAUGGUCGAGAAUUUGGUUUGGGCAGCCCGUACCGGUAGGUCAUCGAUUGAUCGAUCCGUGAGAUUUGCCCCUGUGGUCGACGUGGUGGACAACGAGAACUCGGGGCAAACUCACGAGACCAAAACACUGAGCGGUUCGACGGUGCUAUUGGUAGAAGACAACAAAAUCAAUCAAAAGCUUGGGGUGAAGAUGUUGAACACGCUCGGCUACGAUGUUAUAGUCGCAGAUGACGGUCAAGAUGCCAUUGAUAAGCUUGUCGCACAUGACCGGGACAUAGAUAUCAUUCUGAUGGAUCAGUCGAUGCCACGUAUGGAUGGCAUAACGGCGACAAAGCGGAUUCGAGAGAUGGAGAACCAGGAGUUAUUGGGGCCACUCUCUCGAACCAAGCGACCCAUCAUUAUGGUGACUGCGGUUGUCGGUCCAGACGCACAAGCACUUUGCAUGUCGGCAGGUACAGAUGCAUUCCUUCCGAAGCCGCUGGCUAUGUCCAAGCUCGAGCACACGCUAAAAAAGUUCCUGGGCUGA